AACGGGGGGGGGGGAAUGUUUUGAAUAGAGUUAAAAGGUUAGAUGGUUGGAUCUUUCUUUCUUUCUUUUUCUUUCUUUCUUCCAAAAACACAGAAUUCCCGUGGGGAGGGGGAAGGUGAGAAUUUCGUCUCCCAGCGUGAGGCGGAAACUCUCUGCGGGAGGUCAGCGAUUUGCGGCCGCAUAGGGCUUCCUUGGCGGAGAAGGGAACGGCUGGCUUUCCCGUCCCUUAUGCCGCACUCAGCGGCUCCGCAGUCCCAGCGCUUUCUCCAUCCGACUUCUGCCGGCGUUUCCUCGGCGCCCUCCGUCUCUGCGCCGCUUCCAACCCUCUCUCGUCCCCACCUUCUGUUAUUAUUAUUAUUAUUAAAAAUGCAUGGAAAGUUAACCGGGAUCCCCGGCGAUUCCUGAGAAGGGAGAAAGCUUUUUCCUUCAGGCUGCAGAUACUGGUGUAGGGUUGGUUUGUUUUUAACCUUGCUUUCUUUUUUUCCCCAUUCGCCUGACCAACGUGGACUGACAAAAUAGCUGCCGCUCCUGCGCAGCGAUGCCGCUGUCCUCCUCUCUUUAUCCGCCCCGUUCGGCUAAGAAAGAAGGGAGGGGAAAAAUGCCAAAGACGCUCAGAGCCUCGUAAAAGCGCCUGAGCAGCGAGGCGAGAGAUACCUUCCAAUGGAUCUCCCCGCAAUUUAUGGCGAGCCCAGCUAAAUUCUAGCCAGCCCAGCUAGCAAAGGAGUUUCCAGCACCGUCUAUUUCCUUUCUAUCCCUUUGGAACACUAAGGUUUCCUGACAUUUGAGCCAACAAUGGAUCUGAAGAAAAUUAAGGAUUACAUUUACUGGCUGCAUUUUCAGUAUCUCCUGGUCACCUGCAGUUAUGUCCUGGAGCCUUGGGAACGAUCCAUGUUCAAUACUAUCAUAAUUACUGUUGUUGCUAUGGUGGUGUACACAGCCUAUGUUUUCAUCCCCAUCCAUGUCCGCUUGGCUUUUGAUUUUUUCUCCCAAGUCUUUGGAAGCCAAAUGGAAAAUAUACUUUGACCUUCAGCACUGACUCAAGGCUUUGCCCUCUCUGGAAAUACUCUUCCCCACACUAUUAUACUCAGCUCUGCCUAGAUUUCUUGUGGAUGUGAUUGUGAGCCUGUUGGUUCAAAUGCACAUAUUCAGCCAUGCUGCGUCCCUGACAGGCUGGUCCUCACUGAAAUGCAUGCUUGCACAACUUCAUUCCAAUCAUGGGUCAGUCUCUGGAACUAGUUUCAUGAACUGAGUUCACACAUGACAGAUUUGCAAUCAAACACAAGCAAGAAACAAUUGACUUGCAUUUUAUCUUUCACUUGUCUGGGUUCACAUUAUGUAAGCUGAGGAUUUGGGUUUUGUUGAUGUUUUAAUUGGACAUACAGCUGCAAAUGUUUUAAUUGGAGAAUAUCAGGAAAAAUAUGUUAAGGCUUUCAAAACAUGCAAUCACUUUUAAUUUGAUGAUGACACCUGCCUCCCCUAUGUUCCCUAUGAAAACAUAACAAAUUAGUAUCUGAUGAAGUAACUUAACAGAGAACUUAGUUUUAGAGCAGGGGUCUUCAAACUUGGCCCUUUUAUGACUUGUGGACUUCAACUCCCAGAAUUCCUCAGCCAAUUUGCCUGGCUGAGGAAUUCUGGGAGUUAAAGUCCACAAGUCAUAAAAGGGCCAAGUUUGAAGACCCCUGUAAUUUAGAGAGAUGGCCUCAUUGUAUUUAAAGGCCAAAAGUAAUUUUUUUUAAGACACAGAGCCAGUUGUAGAUAAAUAUUGAUAGACCUUUUCUCCUCAGUAAGACAUUUUCUCCUAUUCUCUUUUUAUGUAUAUAUUUUUGCCAACCCUCAUAAGAAAUUGGUUUUGACACUGGAGACUGGCCAAAGAACUAUUGUGUCCAUUUCUCUCAUGGGGGGGUUUCUGGCUCAUCAACCAUUAUAUUAGCAAUACCUUGAAUUCCAACAUCUUAAUUUAUUUUUUUUUAGUUCUAUAGAAGAAUUAACAUUUUCCAUUUUAAGCCAUUUUAAGCCAUUUUCCUUGGCUUUCUGCAAGAAGUAAUAUUAGACUCUCAUCUAAUAUUUAUUUGGAUGAUUUUGCAAACUUGUAUUAAUUUUGCUUAAUACCAGCCAAGAAUUACUUUUUAUUCUGUUAUUGUUGCUGAGAGAAAUGCAUGUGCACACAAGUGUGUGUAAAAGUAAUACUCUAAUACUUGAAGGGGCUCUAAAGCAGGGACUUCAAACGUGGCCCUUUUAUGACUUGUGGUCUUCAACUCCCAGAAUUCCUCAGCCAGGCACGCUGGCUGAGGAAAUCUGGGAGUUGGAGUCCACAAGUCACAAAAGGGCCAAGUUUGAAGACCCCUGCUCUAAAGGAUGUACAUGGAAGAUUCAGCACUAUGGUACUGCUUCUUAUUAGAAAGCAGAAAAAUAAUCUUUAUUCAAACGGGAUUAUAUUUUAUUCUUGAAAAAUGCCAGUGUUGUACUUUGUAUAGAUGGAAUAUGAAUGCCAAAGAGCAAGCUUGCAUAUCAGUGUAUUCUUGCAGCUCACAAAGCUUCCCAUAAAAGUGGUUGUAUGCAUCAAAUGUCUGCACAAUUACAUGCAAUGAAAUAUUUGUCCCUUGUACUGAUGGCAUUAGAUUGUGAGCUUUAAAGAACGUGCUAUAUCUCUCUCAGCAAAUUGUACUGAAAAGAUCUGAACAUGUAUGCAAAACCCAUAAAAGUUGAAUUUAUCUUUAAA